AUGAAAAAAAUAACGUUUGGUAAAAUAAGCGCCAACAUUGGCCAAAGUUCCUCGUCGACCCCACCGACUGGUAUUAUAGGCACUUUUGGCCCCCCGAAAGAAAUAGAAGUCCUACAAGACGACACAGAGGCCCAGCAAGUAAAAGAAGUCAUGGGUAUCACGGGAUUCGGUAAAAAAGCAAAAACUUUCGACAUAAAAGAAAUGAUGUCACAAGUUAAAGCCACCGCCAGAGAGAUAACGAAAAAGCCCGAAGAAGACUCUCCAGAAGAUUCAAGCAGUGACGAAGAUUUAAUCGGCCCCCCAUUGCCAGCUAACUUCAAUACCCAAAAAAACAGUGAUAGCGAUAGCGACAGCGAAGAAGACCCUGAAGAUGAACAUUUUAUGCCAAUCAAAAACGAAACGUCCAUGAGGCAUGGCAACAAAGCAAUCACAGCCCUCACAAUAGAUCCCAGUGGGGCCAGAUUAGCUUCAGGCUCUGUAGACUACGAAGUCAGCUUUUGGGAUUUUGCCGGCAUGGAUUCUGGGCUGCGCAGCUUCAGAACCCUCCAACCAGCGGACAACCACCCUAUAAGAGCCCUACACUACUCGUGCACAGGAGAUUUGCUUUUGGUAAUAUCAGGAGCCAGUCAAGCCAAAGUAAUUGACAGGGAUGGUUUUGAGAAACUGGAAACGGUCAAAGGAGACAUGUAUAUAACUGAUAUGGCACAAACAAAAGGACAUACUGCUGCUUUGUUGGCUGGCAGCUUCAAUCCUUUAGCUAAAGAGGAGUUUUUGACUACAAGUUCUGAUGGGACUGUGAGGACUUGGGAUUUUUAUUCAUUUGGUAAACAGCAUAAGCAAAUAAUCAAAUGCAGAGCUCAAAAUGGUUUAAAAGUUUCUCCUACAGCUGUCACUUAUAAUAAGGAAGGCAAAGUUAUCGCUUGCGGUUGUGCUGAUGGUUCCAUACAACUUUGGGACUUUAGAAAGAGCUCUGUAGCACCAGCUAAGCAAUUGAGAAAAGCCCAUCAACCUGUUGAAAUAUCUAGUAUUGCUUAUUCUCAUGUAGGUGAUCAUUUGUUGACAAGAAGCUUAGAUGAAACCCUCAAAUUAUGGGAUUUAAGAAGCUUUAAACAACCUGUUAAUGAAAUAGGGGGUUUAUUUGCUAGAUAUGAUACAACUGAUGCUAUUUUUAGCCCUAAUGAUGCAGUUGUAGCAACUGCAAUGUCACUACACAGAGGAGAAAAGUUGGGGAAGGUUAACUUUUAUGAUACUAAAAGUUUUGAAUUGAUAAAAUCACUACCAGUGACUUCUUCUCAUACAAUUAAACUCAAUUGGCAUCCUAAAUUGAAUCAGAUAUUUAUCGGUACUGGAGAUGGGGCUGUCAAGUGUUUCUAUGAUGAAAAUAAGAGUCUAAGAGGGGUGACAUUGUGUGUGGUGAAGUCCCAUAGAAGGGCUCAACAUUCUGAAGUAGUCAGCAGUCAGCAAGUUAUAACGCCUCACGCUUUGCCCUUAUUCAGACAAGAACGUAGAAAAACCAGCAGAAAACAAAUGGAAAAAGACAGAUUGGACCCGGUCAAAUCGAAAAGACCAGAUUUGCCCAUUACAUCUGGACAAGGUGGCAGAGUCGCUUCCAGUGGUGGUACUCUGAGCAGUUUUGUGAUCAGAAAUUUGGGGCUAAGCAAACGAGUCAAUGACGAUCAAGAUCCGAGAGAGGCUAUCUUGAAGUUUGCCAAAGAUGCUGAAGAAAAUCCAUACUGGAUCGCACCGGCUUAUGCCAAAACUCAACCGAAACCUGUUUUAGCUGUACAACAGGACGACAGCGACGAUGGCGAGCCAGAUAGUAAAAAAACCAAACAGUAA